AUGCAGAGCGUUAGUGCUCCGCGGGAGCCUACGCAACCCGUAAUUAGCACGAGUUCGACGAUCCUCAAUAUGAGAGAAAAAGAAAAAUAUAUAGAAGACUUCGACUUUCCCUUUUGCGACGAGUCUUCUAAAUACGAAAAAGUUGCUAAAAUUGGCCAAGGCACCUUUGGUGAAGUGUUUAAAGCCCGCGCAAGGAACAGCAACAAAAAGUUUGUUGCCAUGAAAAAAGUCCUCAUGGACAAUGAAAAAGAAGGCUUUCCUAUAACCGCUCUGCGUGAAAUCAAGAUUCUACAGCUCCUCAAACACGAAAAUGUUGUUAAUUUAAUCGAGAUUUGCCGCACGAAGGCGACAUUACACAAUAAGUACAGAUCUACCUUCUAUUUAGUUUUCGACUUCUGUGAACACGAUUUGGCGGGAUUAUUGUCAAAUGUGAACGUUAAAUUCAGCUUGGGCGAGAUCAAAAAGGUUAUGCAACAGUUACUGAAUGGCCUAUACUACAUACACAGCAAUAAAAUCCUGCACAGAGAUAUGAAAGCUGCCAAUGUGCUUAUUACAAAGAAUGGGAUCUUAAAACUGGCUGACUUUGGUCUAGCCAGGGCAUUCAGUGUAGCGAAAUCUGGACAAGUGAAUAAAUACACAAAUAGAGUGGUUACUUUGUGGUAUAGGCCUCCCGAGUUACUAUUAGGUGAUCGUAACUACGGUCCACCAGUGGACAUGUGGGGAGCCGGCUGUAUCAUGGCGGAAAUGUGGACGAGAUCUCCAAUAAUGCAGGGCCCAACAGAGCAACAGCAACUAAUCCUCAUCUCGCAGUUGUGUGGCUCCUGUACACCAGACGUGUGGCCUGGUGUUGAGAACCUAGACCUGUAUAACAAGAUGGAGCUGCCCAAGGGCCAGAAGAGGAAGGUCAAGGAACGCCUAAAGCCGUAUGUGAAGGACCCUUAUGGCUGUGAUUUGUUGGACAAACUUCUACAACUGGAUCCUGCCAAGAGGUAUGAUGCUGAUACUGCCUUAAACCACGAUUUCUUCUGGACGGACCCAAUGCCUUGUGACCUCGCUAACAUGUUGGCCCAACACACUCAGAGCAUGUUCGAGUAUCUGGCACCCCCUAGGCGCCCGGGCCACCUGCGACACCACCACCAUGUGGCCGGCGCCCAGGCUAAGCCCAGCCAACCCGUGCAGGACUCUGGGUACCAGGAUCGCGUGUUCUAG